AUGGUGGCCUGCGCAGACCUCCCCGCGCGGCGGCAGCAGCAACAGCAGCCGCCGCAGCAGCAGCAGCAGCCGCAGCAGCAGCAGCCGCAGCAGCAGCAGCCGCAGCAGCAGCAGCCGCAGCAGCAGCAGCCGCAGCAGCAGCAGCAGCAACAGCAGCUGCAGGAGCAGCAGGAGCAGCAGGAGCAGCAGCAUGAGCUUCAAUCUCGCCUCAUGAUACCAGGCGGCUCAUUGGUGCAGCAGCUGGUGGUGCAGGUGGUGUUCAGCAUCCACUACCGCUGCACGUUCGGUGCUGCUGUGCGCGUGUGCGGUGACGUGGCGCAACUUGGCGGCUGGCAGCCUAGUGGCGCCGUGGAGAUGGAGUGGCAGGAGGGGGACACCUGGGUCGCGGCAGUGCAGCUGCCCGCCGGCUCGCCCUCUGGUAGCCCCGGCGGCCCAGGCAGCGCCACGGCGUCGGUUGAUGAAGCCCAGGCUGCGCUGCCCUGCCUGCAGCAGGAGCUCGAGGCGGCUCUGCGCGCACUGCAGGCAGCCCCUGCGCCCGACGCCGCUGACGCGCUGGGGGUGGCAGUGGCUGAGCUGCGGGAGAUGCAGUCGAUUGUGCUCAUGGAUGGUGCGCGGUGCGGCGGGGCCGCGGGGGCUGGCGGCGGGGCCGGCGGGGCCGGCGGCGGGCCCCCCCCGGCACGCGACAUGGAGCUGCUGCGCGGCGCGUUUUCGCCGGCAACGGCGUCCCAGGAGGAGGACGAGUCUGACGCGGACGAGUGCUGCUUCGCGGCGGCUCUGGCGGCUGCCAACGUGCCGCGUGCGUCAUCUGCAGCUGCGUCUCCAUCGUUCCCUGAGGCAAGCUGCUAUGGUGGGGACAUGUUUGACGGGCAGCUCGGGACCAUCGUUGAGCCGGGCUGCGACGCGACAUCGGCGGCACUGGGCGACCCCCUGGUGGCCGCGCUGCUGGGCGACGACCCGGAGCUGUGCUGCGCAUACGUGCACGACGCCAUAUGCAGCUCCAGCGGCAGUGGGGACUGGUGGGAGGAUGAGGACACGGUGUUUGCAGACGCCGCCGCAGCAGCCUGCGCGGCCGGCCUUGCGGCCGCGCAGGGCGCGGAUGCGCUGGACGCGCUGCGCGAGCGUGCCCUGGGUGCUGUGAGCGACGCCCUCACGCGGUCUGAUGUUCUGGGGGCGCAGCACCCUGACCCGGCGCACCCCGAGCUGCUGCGCUUGGACCGCGAGCUUGCGGCCGCCACCAGGGCCUCGCACGGUGCCGCAGCCUCAUCGGCCUGCCACAGUGUUGGGGUGACCCAGCACGCGCGGGCCCGCUAA